AUGGAGGCUGUGGAGAUGGAGACAAAUGAGGAAUAUAGAGUGCAGGUCACGUCUAAAAAGCAAGUAACGGAGCAGCUGGAGAAGUAUAAAGAGGUUUUAAAGAUGGCGUUAAAAGGACAGACGGAGGAAGUGAAGGAGGCUUUGCUGCAGGAGCUACUGGCGAACUUUGAAGCAGCCGUCCAGGACAACGUGUUGGUGAACGGACUUCCCUGGGAAGAGGCGCCUGAUGUUGAAGAGGAUGAAGCCGACGAUCUGGACAGCCAGCUGGACGACACCAUCGUGGAGGCCACCAGGAAGCGCCGCACAUACCCCAAAAAGAUCCUGCUUCACGCCGUCCACUCCCUGAAAGCUGAACGCAAACUCAUGGGACUUUAUGAGAACACGGUCAAACCUCAUGAGGCGUUCAAAGACCCCGAACAAGAGAGCAUCAUGAACAACUUGUCAGCAGCAGCUCCUGGAACAGUUAAACAGGCCAUUCAAGCUAUAAAGUCCAUCAACUCUCUGCAGAAACAGGCGGAGGGUCUUUGUCAGAUCCUCGACAUGAAACCGAGUCCCGCCUCCCUGGAGAUCCACAGAGAAGUGUUCGGCCAAUCAGACGCUCCGCUGCCCCCUGCGACGGGAGCGCACGUGGACCGGCAGCCAAUCAAAAGAGCCGUAGAGGAGGCGGCGGCCAGAGACGGCUACGUGCCUCUCGUUAAGAAACCCACGCAGAGCAACUAACGGACUCACUAGUU